UGGAACAGUACAGUCAUUGCCAAAGCCAAUUUGCCAAUCAUCAACUAAAAUGUCUGCCCCUCCCCCAUUCACCUGAAAAACGUCAAAUUUCAUACAAAUUACAAUAACAAUAAACAUCAUGAAAUUAUAUGCUAAGGACCUGUACGCAAAAUAAAAAAAUGGAAUUGUUUAAAUCGGAAUUAUACUAUAUAUUUGUUAGAAAUGAGUCAAGUUUGUGGUGGAAUCGGUUAACAGGAGCGUUUUCAGUGAGAUCAGCAUGGGACUUAUCAGAUAUCGAAGAUAUAGAAUGUUUAGGAAUAACAGAAGGUAUUAUAGGGAAAGUGGAACAUACGAAUAUUUACGAACCGAGACUUAUGAUAAUAAAAGAAAGUGUUCCCGUUGGCCAAAUUUACUUCCACCAUACUAUAUAUAAAAUAAAAUCUAUAUGUUUUCUUAACAUGGGUUCCUCUAAUCAGGAAUUAGAAUUAUGUCCAUGUACGAAACACGGGUCCGCGUCUAUAAUGGCGAGUACAAGUAAAGGAAGCGGUAGAAAAAUGGGGGCAAGAUUGUUUGAAAAUUCUGCCUUUUUAAAUAAAACUGUAGGAGCGGUUAAGAAUGUGAGUAACACAAUUAAAACAACCACACAACAAGCUGCUACACAGGUAAAACAAACGGUUAAAAAGCAAAGGGAUCCUAAAAUAGCAGAACGUUUUGAAAAGAGAUUAACAGAUGAGCUCCAUAAAAUAUUUGAUGACUCUGAUAGUUUCUACUAUUCCCGAACACUUGACUUAACAAACAGCUUGCAGCGACAGUAUGAAAUAGAGAAAAUUCUAGAAACUGAAGAAGGUACCGGAAAACCAAUUACCGACAUAACAAGAUGGUGGAAAUAUGUGGAUGAUAGAUUUUUCUGGAACAAACAUAUGCUCAAAGAUAUCAUUGCUUUGGAGAGUCCCAACUGUGAUCAAUGGGUUUUACCAAUAAUACAAGGAUAUGUUCACCUAUCACAAAUAGCAGUUGAACCACCAGACGCAAAUCCGUUGAAUACUGAAUCAUUGUCUAAUGCUAAUACAUGUGAUGAGAAAUUCACUCUGGGUCUUAUAUCGAGACGGUCAAGAUAUCAAGCUGGAACUAGGUACAAUCGUCGGGGAAUAGAACCAGAAGGGAAAGUUGCCAAUUAUGUGGAAACGGAGCAAAUUGUAUCCAUCAUAUGCUCGGAUAGCAUACACCGAGCGUCUUUUGUUCAGGUCCGUGGAUCGGUGCCAAUAUUCUGGAGCCAGCCCGACUACAAGUUUCGUCCUCCACCGCGUCUGGAUAGAACCGAGGAGGAAUCUCACGUGGCUUUCAAGAAACAUUUCGAAGAGGAACUUAAAACUUACAAGCAAGUCUGUAUCGUGAAUCUCGUCGAACAACAAGGGAGGGAGAAAAUCAUUUGGGAGGCGUACAGCAACCACGUGCUAAAGUACAACAGCCCGGACAUCAUUUAUGCGACCUUCGAUUUUCACGAGUAUUGUCGUGGAAUGCACUACGAAAACGUCGGCAUUCUGAUCAAUGCGAUCUCCGACAUCAUCGGUGAGAUGCGUUUCUGCUGGAGAGACGACCGCGGUCUCAUCUGCACGCAGAAUGGCGUGUUCCGCGUCAAUUGUAUCGACUGUCUGGACAGGACCAACGUCGUGCAGACGGGCAUCGCGAAGUUCGUGCUGGAGCUGCAGCUGUGCCGCCUGGGGCUGGGCGCGCCGGGCUGCGGCCUGCCGCCCGCGCUGCGCCUCGCCUUCCUCGCCAUGUGGGCCGACAGCGGCGACCUCGUGUCGCGCCAGUACGCCGGCACCAAGGCGCUCAAGGGUGAUUACACGCGCACCGGAGAGAGAAAGUUAACCGGGAUGAUGAAAGAUGGCGUAGCUUCAGCGAACAGAUUCCUGUUACAUCACUUUAACGACAAAAUAAAACAAUGCGCCAUAGAUAUCGCGCUCGGUCAGCCUGUCAGUAUAACGACCAUAGACGAAAUAGAUAAUCUGUGGCAUGACGUUCAGACCGCUUCAUUAAUGGUGUUCGAAAAUAUCGACACCGAGAGACCAAAGUUAGAAAUGAUGCCGUCGUAUUUCGGACAUACAUUGACCGGCGAAAUGGUUUCGCUUGAAAUAGCGUACGCAUUAGGGAGAUACUACCUGUCGACGUUCAAGGACGCGCUCCGCCAGGUGGCCAUCGACGUGAUGACGGGGGAGUCGCGCUCCAUACCCGAGCAGCUGAUCGUGCCCGACUGCACCAAGUAUACCUCGGUCAAGGUGCUCAAUAUGUACAAUGACCAGUCCGCCCCAGACACCGCAGCGAUGGCCCAGCACGUGAAGUCCCUCAUCGACGACUGCAAGAAGCUGCUCGUGGACACGGAACCCGUGCUCGGCUCGUGGGGACUUAUUGAUGCGGAUCCACAUACUGGUGACCCUCAAGAGACAGAAAUGGAUAGUGUAUUAGUGUUAACAAGCGAAGCGUACUACGUGACGGAUUACGAUGAAACUUCAGACCGCUUACUCUCAGUACAGAGGGUGCCCCUGUGUGACGUCACGUCUGUGGAACUCGGCACUUUGGACUCUAGUGCAACGAUAUUCGGCGUGGGUCGCAAGAGCAACACGGAACCCGUGCAUUGCAUCAGAAUCAACUACCUUUAUAAUAACGAGUCGGGUUACUUCCACAUGUUCCGGUCGACGACGCUUCGGUUUUUCAAUAAUAUGGCCGUCGUUAUCAACACUAAGGACGAAAUGAUUGAAUCAUUGCAUUCGAUUUGCGAAUCGUUGAUGGUCGCUCGUGACGUCGCCAAGCUACCGAACAUACCGUUCCAUGAUGGUAUUAAAUUAGAAAGAAGAAAGUCCAAGAUACAUUCGACGCAAGGAGCGUCCGGCGGUGCCAGGUCGUCUCUGUACCUGGAUCUCUCUCGCCUGCCGACCCUCACGCGCAACGUCAGUGAAACACAACUCGUGGCAGACAUUCGUAGCGUCGGAUCAAAAGCCUUAAACAACAUGUCAGAGCAAUUCAGCAAACUCAAUAAACUGAGUCACUCUCUCAAUGCGCGAGCAAGACCGAGCCUUCAACUAAAGUUCGAUCAAAGCGCUUCCCGCACGAAGAAAAUAUUUACUUUGGGCCAAAAUAAAAACGAUAACAAAAAGAAAGGUAGUCUCUCGGACGGAAUGAGCUCGGACUACUCAUCGGAUGACGAAAACAGGACGAAUAUAUUUGAGCCAACGUUGGACAAUUUUGAGAACAUGCAACACUAUAUUGGUGACCAGCAGAGAAAGGACGAGAACGACUGCGAUUUGAUAGAAAAUCCUCUGUAUUCCUCCAAAAUAGAACCACACGAGGAAGUCGUCGAAACGAGCACAUCGAUUGUUAAGGAAAAACAGUCGUUGAAAACUCCCAGUAAUACGACCAAAAAGAAUCCAUUCGAUACGGAAUCUAUAACGCCAGAAAUCCAAAUAGAAUCUGACGGAACUUCUACCAAACCUGCACCUCCGAAUUCUCUAAUGCUUUCCCAAAAGUUAUCCCAAAGCUCUGGGUUUAUUAACUUCGAGGAAAGCCAGAACGCUCCAGAAGGUGUCAAUUAUCAUGUUCGUUCAAAUUCUCAGCACGAAAUAACUUUGAAUAUUGCUCAAUCGCACAGCGAGUCGGCUUUGCGACAGUUGAAGAAUAUCGCCAGUCCCGUAUCGAGUGCGACUCGGGAAAUGGUACUAUCGCCGUUUUCUAAACUGGCAAAGGGAGUGCAAUCUUUGGGGGCUAAUUUGGAUCCCAGAAAGAUAAAGGGCUCAGCGACAAUUAAACAUAUAUCCGAACAACAAUACGAAGAACACAAGAAGUUACAAGAAAAAUGGCAAGGAUGCAACACUCGUCUCGUUGCCCUCUAAACAACUCAGCCAGUACUUACAAGAUAAAAAAGUGAUGUUACCAGUAUAAAAAAUCCAUAAAUAAAAGGUACUGUAAUUUAUCAUUAAAUAAUAAUACCAGUCACAAAAUAAGUAUUAAUACAGCCUUAAGUAAAUGCAAUUUAAGGCUUAAAAAAAUGUUAUGGAAUUAUAAUACUUAGGCGCUUGAAAAAUAUUACAACAAAUCAUUUUCCUUUGCUUAGUUCAAUUAUUAGAAUUAUUAUUAUAUUAUUAAACAUACCAUUUAACUUAGAAAUACAUUGACGAGUUCCAGUAAUUUAGAAAAAAAUUGUUAUGUAAUUAGUAAUAUCGAAUUAAAUGAAUGUUAUGCCGGUGCCAGACAUCCGAUUUAACCAUUAAUAUCGAGUUAUAUGUAGCAGAAUAAUCGCAGUUGUAUAGUUUCUCUCGUACGUUGUAACGUUAUUUAUGACCGUCAUUUGAAUAAACGAACAGUCGUUUGAAUGAAUGGUUGAGUGGUACCGGUGUUAUAGUGAUGUAUGCUUCGAUUGAUAAUCGCUAUUUGAAUAUUACCAAAGUAUCAAGUUGAGAUUUGUGAUUUAUGUAUAAAAUGUAUUAAAUUUUAACUUUAAAUUAUUCUAAAUUUAUAUAAAAUAUUCCUUUUCAAUUUUCAAUAAAUUAAAAUAAAGACUAUUAUAGUUUAAGUUCUUUGAUCAAUCAUUUUGAUAUAACCUAUUAGUUCAUAUGUAUACAUCUCAACUUGACACAAAAGUGAAUAUUAGUUUAAAAUCUAUGAAUACCAAUGCAAUGACACAUAAUAUGUUACAUAAUAUUAUAGAACUAUUCACUCAAGUCUCGACCUUCCAAGUUAAAUUAAUGAGUUUUUCAUUAAAUAAAUUUAACUUAAAAACUCAUUUGUUUAUUUUUUUGCUGUCUCGAUGCUAAGUCCACUCACGCACACUAAGACAUCCUGUUUACGCGUCAGACAUUCGUACCGAUAGUAAUAACUAAUUAAAAUGGAGUGGAGGGCCUUCGUGAGUUAAUAGCUCUAUAUAUAAUUAUUAUUAAUAAUAUAGCCUAAAAUUUAUGGUUAAAGGCUAUUUUAUUUCUGAUUAUAUUAGUUGAUGUAUUAUCAAAAAUUUAACCAUUUGAAUGUUAAAUUAUGUUAUCUGUAGCCCAUUUCAAUCAAUGAAGGAGUAAAGGUAAACAAAAUUAAGAUUUACAUAUUUCAAACGAUUUACUAUUUAAUAAUAAGGGGGGGAGGAGUGCCGAGAUCUGUAGUCUCCUGCCUCCCGUUCUACAUACACUGAAUAUUCUAUUCAUAUCGUUAGAAUCGGUCCUCGAUCACGCUGCAAAUACGCUCGCUACGUACGAAAAAAAGAUGCUUCCAUGUAUUUUUCGAAGGGCCAUUGACCUUUCCAGUCCGGGCCUGGUCAUAUAAAAGGACACCGAAUGCAUGUCCAGCCCAGAGCGCCUGGAUGGUUAAGGCCGGCUUAUAUUCAUAGUCAGUAAAUCAUAUGAUAUGAACAGAAUAACAUCAUUGAAAUGGAUUUUUUCCGCGAAUCCAUAAUGAUUAUGAUAUACUAUUCAAUAUGUCCGAUUAUAUUACAAUUCUCUCAACGUGUUUUAUUUGUCUUUGCUCUUUCUGUGGUUGGUAUAGGCUGCAUACUGUGUUCCUCUCGUAAUAUUAAUGUUUCUCAAGUUUGCCAGAAUAGAUCAGAGAGUAGCGUUGUAUUAUUUAUUAAGACUUGUCAGGGUUAAACGAGUUUUAAUAGUUUAAUAGCUUUUAGCUAAAUGACAUUCCGUAUUGAUGAUUAGUUGUAAUUCCAAUUUUAAUAAUUUAAAUAUAUCGUUGCUAGUUUUAAAGCACUUGAUUUUUUACACUUUUAAUAUUAAACUAUCACUAUAUGUCCAACACGAUAGACAAUUUGUUGCCCGACUUUUAGUCGAUGUAAUUAAAACAGUGAAAUUUUAAUAGAACCCAGUUUUUAAUUAAGAAACAUGUAGUAUGAUAUAAUGGUACAGUUAUAAAAUAUUGAAAACGAAAGUAAUGUGAAAAAUAUUAGUCGUUUAAUAAGAAAUAAAAUGACUAAAAGUCUGCCUACAAAUUGUAUCUCCUUCCUCAAAUAAAUAUUUGAAUAUUAUUAAUAUAAAUUGAUUCAAUUAUCGCUUAUUACCUCAUUAGUGGUCGCAAAUGACGACAGUAUUAUAAUAAUAAUAGGAAAUUAUACUCGAAAGAUUUAAUUAUUAUAAAUUUGAUGUACUUCUGUCUCCUGUCUUAUCUAUUGAUAAUGUACUAUCCAUAGUAUUAAUAGAUUGUACUUUUUAGUAUCGAGACCCCAACGAAUUAACCAUAUAAAUCAUAUUGAUUAUAAAUUGCUUCUUGUUCAAAUGCCAAAGUAUAUAAAAAUCAGUGAAUCGUUUGUAACGAGUUCUUAUUGUAUUUAUAAUCUGUAGCUGUUUUACACUUAGCCAAAUUUAUGUCACAUUUACAGAGAUCACUAUUAUUUCUGUUGCUUGGUGCUAAAAAGGCUUUGGUAUAUUUUUUGUAAAUUACAAUUGGCCAUUUGCGAAAUAAUUUAAAAAAUAAAUAAUCUAUAUUGCUAAAACAAUAUGAGCUUUGAUAUUACUAAUAGCAAUAAUAUUACACAAAAGUCAUAUUUGACAUAAAACAACCAACAGCUGUUCAUUAUUUCUAUAAUAAUUACCAAAACUAAGCACUUUAGUACCAGGCUACAGAAUUAUUUCAUGAUAGUUCUGUUUUGUUUAAAUGGGGUCUAGUCUAUUUAUUCAAUGUAUUUUAGAAUGAAAUAUUUACAGCUUAUUCUUAAGCAAAGGCCACAUACAGCGAUAAAUAUGUAACUUGUAGUAAUAUUCGUAUUAUCCGUUUAAUAUAUAAUAUACUAUUUAAAAUAUUUAUAGAAUGUAGUAUAUUGUGCUUUUAUAAAUGUACACGAAAAUAUUUCAAUCCCUUUUCGAUGCGUAUACAGUUAUGAUAUAACAAAGCUUUUAUUCAAAAAGAUCUGGUUCUGCUUCUAAUUUUCAAUAUGUAAAAAACUAUAUAGUUUGUUAUGACGUAUGUAUUAGUCACACUCACACAUUCGAUAUUAUUAAAAUUUUAUCAAUGCAAAUUCAGAAGAUACCUGACUAUUUAUUCCUGUCAAUUUAUUUUUGAGAUUGCUUACAAAAUAAUCAGAACCAGCAAGUUGACUUGAAAAUAACUAAAAUCAGCCGUUCUCCUCAUUAUGAUUGUAUUAUAUUCCGAAGGCAGGAGUAAAGAUAAACAAAACUUUGAUUAACAUUUUACAUGUGGUACCUCUGCCAUAUAAUACACUAAAAACAGUUCUUGAUUAUCAUAUCUUUGUUUUUAAUACAACACAAUUCCAAUUAACCACUUAUAUCCACUUUAAUAUUACUUCCAAAAUUCUGAUACUUUCGGUGACAUUCAAAAAUCUAGAUUUUUAAGAAUCCUUAAUGAGUACUAAAUAUUAUUAUUUUAGAGCUUCAUGUCCAUUCAAGGUCAAACUUGUUUAUAUUUUUCACACCUGCCAUUCGAAUUGACGAUAGUAUUCGUUUUGUUUAUGCAUAUUAUAUUUUAUAUAAACAAUGGUAAUGUUGACUUUAGAUUAAUUAUUGAAUUCCUAAAAUAAAAAAAGAUCCAUGAACAAAAUAUUAUCUACUCAAACAUUUUAGUUCUUGUUACGUAUUUGUUAAGCACGCGUAGACGUAUAUAGCUUUGUAUGUGUAAUAAAAUAGAAUGGUUUGUAAUUUAUAAUAGCAUUAUAUGGAGGUCUUACAUUAUAUUCAAUUAUAUUUCAACGAAAAUAUAAUAUAACUAUAACAAAUUAUAUUAUCUAUCUUUCCAAAAAAAUGGUGUAAUCAUUUUUAUUAUUAUAGAAUUGCUUCGAGAAAUUAAUAUAAUAAUUUUUGUUUGAUUUGAAUAAUUUAUAAAUAUUUUAAACUACUGUCUUAUUAUAUACAAAUCAACUGAUUACUAUAUUAUUUAUAUAAUUCUUCUAUGGUGUUUUAUAAUUUAUAUUAGAAUAAAAAAAAUUGUAUUGUGAUUUGUUUAGUCAUAUUUUUGACAUUGUUACAAAAAAUGUACAAAAAAAAAUACUUUAUUGAUUUAGGAAACGUAAGCAGUUAUAAAAGAAAAUGUUUAAAGUCAAUAGCAAUGAAUGAAAUUACAAUGUAGCAAUUCGAAUAAUUAUUUUAGUUUCCAGUUCGUUUGUUUUGUCUGUGAUUGUAUUUAUGUUAAAAACGUUUGUUUUUUAUUUAUUUUAUUAUAGAUAAAAUUGCUUUAAGAAAA